AUGACCACCAAGCUGAGCCCCCGCAACUCGGAGGUAAAGGCUCUGGAGCAGCGCGGCUACCUGAUCGGGCGCAAGGUGGGCCAGGGCUCGUACGCCAUCGUGCACGCCGCCGACUUCAACGACGGCUCGGACAAGCGCAUGAAGCUGGCCUGCAAGAUCUUCGACAAGGACAAGGCGCCGCGCGACUUCCUCGACAAGUUCUUCCCGCGCGAGCUGGAGAUCCUCACCAAGAUCGAGAACCCCCACAUCAUCCAGGUGCACAGCAUUCUGCAGCGCGGGCCCCGCGUCUUCAUCUUCAUGCGCUUCGCUGACAACGGCGACCUGCUGGACUUCGUCAAGAACAAGGGCCCCGUGCAGGAGGCGCAGUGCCGACUGUGGUUCCGCCAGAUGACCAGCGGGCUGCACUACCUGCACGCCAAGAACAUCGCGCACCGCGACCUCAAGUGCGAGAACGUGCUGCUGUCGCGCCGCUUCAACGUCAAGCUGGCCGACUUCGGCUUCGCGCGCUACUGCGUGGACGCGGACGGGCGGCGCGUGCUGAGCCAGACGUACUGCGGCUCGGCGGCGUACGCGGCGCCCGAGGUGGUGUCCGGGACGCCGUACAACCCCAAGCUGGCCGACGUGUGGUCGCUGGGCAUCAUCCUCUUCAUCAUGCUCAACGCCAGCAUGCCCUUCGACGACUCCAACCUGCGCAAGCUGCUCAAGGACCAGCUGAACCGCAACUGGAUGUUCCGGUCCAAGACCCGCGACACGGUGUCCGCCGCCGCCAAGAACAUCGUGCGCAGUCUGCUGGAGCCGGACAUGACGCAGCGGCACACGCUGGACCGCGUGAUGGCGCUGGACUGGGUGCGCUGCCGCAAGGACAAGGACAAGCCGCACGGCCUGGCGCUCGCCAAGACGUCCAAGACCAUCGAGCCCGACAAGCCCGACAAGACGGAGGCGGAGGCGCCCGCCCCGUCCAAGCACCGCAAGUCCGCCGUCAGCAAGUCCGCCGGCGCCACGCCCGAGCCCGUCGGCGGCCAGCCACUGGAAGACACCUGA